AUGACGGAAAGUGACGAACCUCAAAUUUUCAAUCAACGAUAUCAAAUCAUCAAGAAACUUGGUGCGGGUAAUUUUGGAACAGCUUAUCUUGUGUCAGAUCUUAAAGCAAAACAUGAACCAAAAGUUCUUAAAGUUGUUCGUUUGGGUGAAAUGGAUUCGACUGAAACCGUCGAAUCUGUUCGAGAAGCUCAAUUAUUAUCAAAGCUAAAAAGUGAACAUAUUGUCAAAUUUCAUGAAAGUUUUUUAGAAAAUGAUUGUGUAUGUAUAGUGACAGAAUUUUGUGAAGGUGGUGAUCUUGAUAUGAAAAUAAAAGAACUUAAAAAGGAAAAUAAACAACUAUCCGAAGAUCAAGUUGUAGAAUGGCUCGUACAAAUUUUAAUAGCUGUUCAACAUAUGCAUAAGUCAAAAGUAUUACAUCGAGAUUUAAAAACAAGAAAUAUAUUUCUCAAAGCUAAUAAAAUCAAAAUUGGAGAUUUUGGCAUCAGUCGGAUAUUGGUAGGAACAAUGGAUGUCGCUACAACAUUCACCGGCACACCAUAUUUCAUGUCACCUGAAGUGAUGAAACACGAUGGUUACAGCUCAAAGUCUGAUAUAUGGUCUGUCGGUUGUCUUUUAUAUGAGAUGUGUACAUUCCAACAUGCCUUCGACGGUAAAGGUUUAAUGAAUGUUAUAUAUAAAGUUGUUGAAGGAAAAACACCAGAAUUACCAGUAACCUAUUCAAAAGAACUGAAUGAUGUUUUAAAAAAUAGCCAAAAUUUAACUGUCCAAGACAUGCAAAAACAAAAAUGGUCUAUAUCAGGAAAUAAUCAACUGUUAGAGGAAGGAGACGAUGAUGAAGAUGUUGUAAGCGAAACAAAUGGUAACAAUCGGCUUAAUGACAAUGAUGAUAAAAAUGAACAAACAUUGAAGCAACUUGAACCAAAUGAAUAUACACAACAGAAAACACCUUCCGAACUUGCGAAAGAGCGAAAAAGAAAAGAUGCAGAUGCCAGAGCACAAAUGUAUACAGAGGCUAUUCGGGCAAAUGCGCAUGAAGCAGCGACUCAUAGACAACUAAUGCGUGAGAGUACAUUUUCAAGUUUGAAACAGCCAUGGCCAUCAGAUGAUCAUGAACAUUCAAUGAAUAAAUCGUCUAAAAUUAGAUCAAAUGACAAAACCUUGUGUAAUCAAACUUAUUCUCGUAAUACACUUCAUCAAAGUUUGAGUCAAUCACCAUACUCGAUUGAUGAACGUCCAAUAACACCGAUGAGACAGGAUUAUAGACAAAUCGCUGAGAGAGGUUUUAAUCGAGAUGGAAUUCCAGUAGAUCCAAAUUUAACUAAUGAAUAUUAUUCAAAUUUCAACCAAGAUUUUGAACCGCCCGAUACGUCACCAACUCGCGAAAAUGCAUUUCACGAUCAAGUUUGUCGUAGUAUCGAUGGGGGUAGUCGUUCAAAUCCAUCACAACGAACAAUGUCAGCAUCACAUCGUUCGAUAAAUUCACUGAGUCGUACAAUAGAUCCAAGACAACGACGAAUAAGUCCGUCAAAAUCAUCAAAGUAUUUAGCAUCUUCUAGAACAAUUGGACAGAAAUCGAAUGUGAUGUCUUCUAAUCAACUAACACAUGAUAGUUCGAAAGGCAGAGCCACAUCAUCAAGAUCGAAUAUAACUGAUGAUAAUAAUCUCAAUAUCACAUUAAAAGAUAACCCAUUACACGAUGCCUAUGGGCCGAUAUCAAAAAAUAUUAAAAUUAAUAAUCUUCGAACAAAAGCUAUGAAAGCACUUGGCGAAGAAACAUUUGAAAUAGUACACGAUUAUUUGCUCAAACAACGUAAAGCACAACGAAAUGAUCCGACAAUAGAUGAAGUGAAAGUGUUGCGUGAACUAGAAUCAUUUGUGAAAAAGCCAAGUGAUUGUUUUCUAGUUGAUCAACUUGUAUUUCUUGAAAUUAUGUAA